AGGGUCCCACCCCCCUCCUCCCGGUGCUUCAGGGUGGGACAUCAGGACUUUCUUAUGAGGCAACCAAAUCAUCUGGACACUCACAAGACGACCAGAACUGCACCAGCCGCUCUGAAUCUCAACAAAGGAUUAUCAGACCACUUUACAUCAGUUAUGGACCGAAAGCCUGACGGUCACCCAGCUCUGACCGCUGCAGAACUGGCUGUCAUCGAGGACGAAGAAGUUCUGAACAAGAUGCUGGACACUGCAGAAGAUUUUGAGCAGAGGAGAAUGAUCAGAGCAGCUCUGAGGGACCUGCUGAAGCGAAAGAGAGACAAACGGGAGCAGGAUCGAGGGUCCAGGCAGCAGGACUUGAAGCAGCAGGCUCUGAGCAGAGGCGGACCAGCAGGCGGCGUCAUCGUUGGGAGAGCCAACGCCAGCCCGCAGCAGCAAGCAAGCUCCGCCGCUCCCGUCAGCCGCACGGUCGGUGGGGUCAAUACAGCUGCAGCCCCGGCCCAGAAAUGUCCUCCCUCUGCAGCAGCCAAUGUUAAAAAUGUCAAACAAAUGCUUCUUGAUUGGUGCCGGGCCAAAACAGAGCCUUAUGAGGGAGUAGACAUCCAGAAUUUCUCCUCCAGCUGGAAGGAUGGCAUCGCCUUUUGUGCCUUGGUGCACCGCUUCUUCCCAGACGCCUUUGAGUAUUCCACUCUGAACCCCAACAAGCCCAGGGACAACUUCCAGCUGGCGUUCAGCACCGCAGAGAGGUUGGCUGGCUGUCCCCCACUGCUGGACGCUGAUGACUUGGUCCGGAUGAAGGAGCCAGACUGGAAGUGUGCCGCUCAUGAGGUCCAAACCCACGGAGGAGGAGUGUGCGGUGGUGCCAGCGCACAUCUGCUCUGCGCAUUAGAUGUUCGGAACCAUGACGGAGAGGAGCGUAUACGGCGACAUGCGUCAACUGGCGCGUCCUCCCUCUGUCCUGACCUGCUGUCCUCGCCGCCAGUUGGCUCCUGCUGCCGCUCAUGGGUUGGUGCUUCUCUAGCGUCUGACUCCGGUCCUGCCUUUGUUUUGAUCCUCGUCAGCGGGAUCACCUUCAGAGUUCACCUUGAUGAUGGCAACCGCGUGAAAGGUAAAUGGAUCACAUGCAGAGCAAACCCAGCAACCAUCCACGUCUCCAACUGCAAGCCAGGUCAUGCUUGCUCAGUGGACGCGGCCCAGUUUCUGAGCCACCUUCCGUUACCCAGGACCCAACUCUCUCAUCGCAGACAAGCAUCAGUCAGCCAGGAAUGAACCCAGCAACUCG